GGUUGUUUCGUCGCCGGCUGCGUGUCCGAUCGCAACCGAUUCCCCGCUACGCGCGCGCGCGCGCGCCACGGAACUGCGCCGAUUCGCGCGAUCGCAGCCAUCGAGGGUGAGGUUCGUCCGAGUGAGAAGGUGGGAGGAAAAGAAGAAAAAGAGGAGCAAGUAACUUUCGGAGUGUCCGAGUCGGGCCGCGCCGGUUGUUCCUCGCGGCCUCCGGUUUUACAGUGUCAACAGUGCGCGCGCGUCUAUUCCUCUCUUGCCGCGUACGUCGUCGUCGUCGUCGUAUACCGAGUUUACACCCGAGUUGGCCAGUGCCAAAUAUAAUGUGAGCGCGGUCUGUGAGUGAGACGAGGAGACGAGUUUUUCGGAUUCGGAGAGAGAGAUAAGAAAAGAUCGGCGCGCGACUCGAACAUGGCGCGGAGCGAGGCCUAGGACCGAUCGCGUCUCGCUUCCCCUUUCCGCAGAGGGGAGAGUAAAGGGGCAGAGGGAGGGCAGAGGACGAGCAGGAGAGGUGAGUUCUCUCAGCAGAAGCUUCUCGCGGGCGCCGAGGACACAUCCGCGCGGAAGGAGAGGCGGCGGCGGAGCUCGCAUCAGCAUGACGGAGAAACGGAGCUCGCGCCGAGCCUUCCGGCCGUGGGUCGUCCUCGCGACGGUCCUGUCCGCGCAGCUGCUGGCCCCGCAGCGGGCCCGCGGCGAGAUCUACACCAAGAUGUUCUCCAGCCAGCAGAACCCGAGCGACCCGUGCUACGACGAGGACCGGCCGCGCCGGUGCAUCCCCGACUUCGUCAACGCGGCCUUCGGCGCGAGCGUCGAGGCGUCGUCCACGUGCGGCACCGGCGGGCCCACCCGGUACUGCGACGUGACCGACGAGCCCGGCGGCACCACCGGCAUCGGGCACUGCCACGUGUGCGACGACAGCACGCCCCGGCGACGCUUCCCCGCCAACUACCUGACCGACCUCAACAACCCGAACAACGUCACCUGCUGGCGCAGCGAGCCGCUCGUCAGCUCGCAGAGCUUCUCCGCGCCGCCCGACAACGUCACCCUGACCCUCUCCCUCGGCAAGAAGUACGAGCUGACGUACGUCAGCCUGCAGUUCUGCCCGCGCGCCGCCAAGCCGGACUCGAUCGCGAUCUACAAGUCCAUGGACUACGGCAAGACCUGGCAGCCGUUUCAGUUCUACUCGUCGCAGUGCCGGCGGGUCUACGGCAGGCCGAAUCGCGCGACCAUCACCAAGGCGAACGAGCAGGAGGCGCGGUGCACCGACAGCCACCGUUACACCGGCGGGGACGGCCUCGGCCCGGUCGGCAGGAUCGCCUUCAGCACCCUCGAGGGUCGCCCGUCCGCCGCCGACUUCGACAACUCGCCGGUGCUGCAGGACUGGGUGACCGCCACCGACAUCCGCGUCGUCUUCAACCGGCUGCACAUGCCGUCCGGCCCGGAGCAGGUGCCGUCGCUCAACGGGGCCGAGGAGCAUCACGUGGCGGCGAUCGGCCUCGAGGAGCUCACCAAGCGGGAACGGGAGCGCGAGGAGCGGCUCAAGAGCCAGAAGAAUGCGAUCCUGCACGCGCACGACCCCCUGGUGACGGCGCUGCCCUCGGUCCACCAGGUCAUCGCGCCCCAGGAGAUGCAGUCCAACGACGCGCUCGACGCCGCGGUCCGCGACAUGGGCUUCGUCCCGGUCACCGUCUCCUCGACCACGACCACGCUCGCGAGCGUCGCCCUCAACGGCCUGGGCCCGGCCACCGCCACCAUGGCCCACCACUACGCGGUCUCGGACUUCGCCGUGGGCGGCAGGUGCAAGUGCAACGGCCACGCGGCGCGCUGCAUCCCCGGCAAGGACGGCGAGGUCGUCUGCGAGUGCAGGCACAACACCGCCGGCAGGGACUGCGAGCGGUGCCGGCCCUUCCACUUCGACCGCCCGUGGGCCAGGGCCACCGCCAGGGACGCCAACGAGUGCAAAGUGUGCAACUGCAACCUCCACGCGAGAAAGUGCAGAUUCAACAUGGAGCUGUACAAGCUGUCGGGCCGUGUCAGCGGAGGCGUUUGUCUGCAGUGCCGGCAUUUUACGGCAGGAAGGCACUGUCAUUACUGCCGCGAAGGUUACUACAGGGACCCGGCGAGACCGAUCACGCAUCGCAAGGCCUGCAAACCGUGUGACUGCCAUCCGAUCGGGGCUUCUGGAAAGACCUGUAACCAGAGCAGCGGCCAGUGUCCCUGCAAAGACGGCGUAACCGGUAUUACUUGCAACAGAUGCGCCAGGGGCUACCAACAGAGCAGAUCGCAUAUUGCGCCUUGCAUCAAGAUACCCAGGGUCGUGCAGACGCAGGGCACGGCUGGCGAGGAGAGCGGCGAGCAUGAGGACGACGACGACGAGCGCGGAUACGACGGACGAGCUGAUCAGUGCGGAAAGUGUCGUGCCAGCACCAAGAGGCUAAAUCUCAACAAGUACUGCAAAAGAGACUAUGCUAUUCUGGGCAGAAUAACGGACAGGCACAAGAAAAGCGACGGCUCGCAAGCCGGCACGAGCGUAUCGGGCACAUCCUGGAUUCGAUUCACUCUAAACGUCGACUUCAUUUACAAGAAAAACCCCAACUCGAGGAUUCGACGUGGCGACGUAUCUCUUUACGUUCACUCGGCUGAUCUGGCCUGCAGAUGCCCCAAAAUCAAGCCCAAUAAGUCGUACUUGAUCCUUGGCCAAGAGAGUGACGGCAGUGGCCAAGGUGGGCUCACGGUGACACAGAGGUCGAUCGUCAUCGAGUGGCGCGACGAAUGGCACCGCCGAAUGCGCCGUUUCCAACGAAGGGCGAGAUCGUGCCAUUGAGAUGCUCGUACGUCGCGGAAAGAGAGGAAGAGAUAGAGAGCAAGCUGGGGAGAGAAAGAGAAAGAAAAGAGAGAGAAAAAGAAUG